UGCAAGAGAUAAAAAUAAACCGAAGCUCGAAUUUUUACAAUCUACUUGAAAUAUGGAGAUUUAACAAUACAUAUAUCAUAAAAAAAGUUUAGUUAAUUAGUUAUUUUGUCUAACAAGUUUAUUUUGAGUAACAAAUAUACUUUUAAAUUGUAAAUUCAUCUAAUAUUAUAAAUAUUUUAAAGCAGAGAUAAAAUUUUAAGAAUUUGAAUCUCGUGAAAAUGCCUUAUGUCGUUUUUCACCAACAAUUGAACGGGUAUAAAUUUUUUUAAUUAUGAAUAGUGUUUUGCGAUUUGAAAUAAAGCGUGCAAAUCAUAAUUACUGAUAUGUAAUUGAAAGAAGUGUGAUCCAAACAAAAAUAAUUUUUAAAGUAUAAGCAAAAUAUUUAUUUUCAAAAAGUGAUACAAUCAAGGGAAAAAAAUUCCUUAGAGCAGAGAACAAUGAUAACUCACUGAAAUGUGAAAUUUAGUUGGAGUUUCAUUCAUAAUUCGGAUCUAAAUAACUUAAUAGACCUUUUUAUAUUAUAUAAGCUGCUAAUGAAUUUAAAAUCAUUGUUGAAUACAACUUGUAAUAUUUCUUCAAAAUAUUAAGUUUGGCUGAUGCUAAAAUAUUAAACUUAAGUAAAGAUUAACGCGCACAAAAUCGUUUAAGCUUGAUUAUAGAACAAUCAAACAUCAGAUUCAAGGAUCAUAAUUGUAUACCAUUAAAUAUGGCUACACCAAGAAAAUUUAGCGAAAAAAUUGCUUUGCAAAAGCAGAAAGAAGCUGAAGGAACAGCUGAAUUCGAGAAAAUUAUGAAAGAAGUAACUGAGUUAUGUGGGCCUUCCGAAGAAAGCAGAUCACCAGGAAGUGCUUGCAUAAAUAUAGCAAGCAGUACUGGAUCUUAUAGAGAAUCUAGAGGAAGAAGUGUAGGUAUCGGGCCAAUACGUAGGACUUCAGAAAGAAAAGUUGAUACAUCUCCUUAUGGUGGAACAUAUUUAUGUCUUCCCACCAGUGAUUUUAGACGCGUGAAAUCAGAUCCUGCAAUACAUAAUAGUUUAGCAUUCGUUCAUGAUGAAUCAAAAGGGCAAUUACCUUCAAGUAGUGGUAAUAGAAAUAUGAUUUCAACAGAAAGAUUACAGCAAUCACCACAUCAUGCAAGUGUGAGAAUUCAAAAUAUAGGUUCAAAUAAUCAGUCUGGGGUUUGCCCGUCAAAAGCAGGCUCGGCUUUUAAUAUUAGACAAAGUUCGUCAAAUUUGUUGACCAGUCCUUUUUUUCCUGACAAUCAAUUAUCAGUAUCAAUGGCUAAUACUGCGUCAUUACCAGAUUUAACAUCGGUGCAUUUCAUGCCUAAAGCCAGUAUAAAUAACAAAGAUCAUUGUCCUAGCGGUGGGGGAGAAAUUGGAACGGGAGAGAAUGGUGCAGGCGACAGAUCUAACAACAGCACUUAUAGUCCUAGCCCUACAACAUCUCCAGCUACACUGUCACCCCAUUCAGUACCACCAAAUAGGCAUCAAUAUUCUCCAAUUUAUAAUAUUAAUAGUCGAAAUACAUAUAGUCCAACACAUUUCGUAAACCAGCGAGAAAUUUUAAGCACAAGUGUUGGAAGUACUAGUGGAACAAAUAGCGGAAAUUUCAACCCGCACAAUUCUUCAAUAAUAGGGCAAACAUCUCACUCUUUUACUAAUAUACCAGGUUCAAUGCAUAAUCAGCAACAACAUCAGCAAUCAUGCAAAAAUUUCAAUAAUUUGAUAGGCAAUGACGUAAUACAUAGCUCUCAUGGUCAAUUACAAUCUUUUAGCAUUUCUAAUGCCCAACUUUCAGACAGCUCCACCACUGAAUAUCGAAAUCCACAAAACAGGCCAAGUCCUGGUUCCAGUCCUAGUUUUGUUCAUGCAUCGACACCAUUUCCUGGAUGUGAAUCGAAUCCAAAUUCUCCAUUGAGUCCGGAAUCUAUUAACGACAGUAAGUAUAACCAUAAUGCAAUUGAUGCAUCUCCCUCACCAAAUUAUCAAAGCCAGCAACAGCAAAAUAAUGACACGAAUAGCUUUAAUCAACAAAUGCAAAAUCAUUUUCAACAUUUUUCUUUAGUGGAUAGCAGUAGUUCGGAUACUGCUAACAUAACAAAUGCACAACAAGCACAAAAUAUUUUCCAACAGUUAACCAGCAGUAAUUACGAAAAACAGUCUCAUCAACAUCAACAAACUUUAAUAAAUUCACAGCAGCAACACCGCCUAACUCAGUCAAAUCAAAUGAUUGGUGGGGGCACUGGUAAUAUUAACAACAGAAGUGAUAAUGAUGGUAACAAUCAAUUUAGUAUAACUUUGGGUAAUCUAGAUGUUUCAGAAAAUGAAUGUGAUAGAGAACUAUCUCACACUAACAAUUACAACACAACGGUAAGCACACCGGCAAGAAUUCCAGAAAUAGUUUUUACAGACUUUUCAUCAAGUAAUCCAGAUUUUACUCGCGAGAUAUUUGCUUCUUUAGAUUUAGAAUUGACUCCAAUAGAUGUUGAAGGACUUCAAAUGAUAUCUGAUAAUUCAACGAUGACAGACCAGAUGACCGAAGAUAGUUUUCGUGAGGAGCUUAAUUAAAGUAUAUGUACAUUAAAGCAGAAGAAAUUUAAAAAAAAAAUUCUUCAGAUAUGUAUUUUAUGUACCUUAUUAUAUACCUAUGUAAAAUCUCUUUCAAUUUCAUUCAAUUUUUUAAAAUUAUUGUUAUUUAAUAAAAAAUGUAUUAGAAUAUUA